AUGUCAUCUGGAGCGGAGCUAGAGACAUUUGAUACGGAGUUCGAGAGUGGUUCCUUACUCAGUCGAUUACCGAGACUGAUGCAGCGGGCGGAUGAUAUGAUCGCUAUGUGGCCCAUGGAGUCGCUAACAUCCGCUUGGCAAAUGAAAGAUAUUCUUCAACUUGCUGCAUUAUUCUCGCCUGGGAAAUAUUCAGAGUAUAUUCAAGAUUUCCAACCACGAGAGAUGGUGAUAUUGGUAGCUGCGAGGUUAGAAGCAGCAGGAUAUGAAUGUCCUAUGGAAAAAAUACUAGAAUGGGGCGGCGGGGUCGAUAAUUGGAUUGUCAAUGCCGAAACAGAUGACGAAGUGAGAGACGUACUUGCAAGGUUUCGGGCUGUGAGGGAGAAAGUAGGAGAUAGACAAGAAUGGAGUGCCAUGUGGAGUGGUGAUUUGGGGUGUUAA